AUCAAAGUGGAAUUCCUGUGUACACUGACUUAUUGCUGUAAUAACGUUAAGGCCUGGAUGAAGGUGAUAGCUGUGGCGAUGGUGACGACGAUGGUCUGCGCGGAACUUCGCCAGGUGCUGGUCGUAUCCCGGCACGGCGUGCGCGGGCCGUACGGUCCGGAGGGUCUGCCGCCGACGGAGGCCAACAUGCAGCGCUACUCCAAGGACAAGUACCCAUUCCCGGUCAAGGCCACGGACUGGGGCACGUCGGACGACGCGACGGAGCUCGUGUCGCCCAAGAUCACCAAGCACGGCGCCCGAGUCAUCCGCAACAUGGGCGAGUACUUUGCCAAACACUUGUAUCCGUCGUAUAUGGCUGCCGCCGCCGUCACGACCUCCCCUGCAUCUGCUGUGUGUGCGGACGCCUUUGCCUACGCCGACGACAACGAGCGCGAUUAUUUGACGGCGCAAGAGUUUCUCCACGGGUUCCUUCCACACUGCUCCGAGCUGUCGCCAGUGAUCAACGGCACUCGCCUGCUCUUUGAGCAAGGCCAAGACCCCACCGCCACAUGCCCCGUGGCGUCCCAAGCUAUGUACCAAGGUAUCGUGGGCGGCCCGACGACAGACAACGUAGCGAGGCAGUACGCAGUCGAGAUCUCGUCGCUCAAUUCACUGCUCGGGUGCUGCGAGCCCGUGGUCUGCGGACUUCGAAAUGCCACCGACCAGUGCGACUUGUUUCAUGUGCCGUCGGCGUGGACGGGCAAAUUCUACGAGCCAUGGCAGGAUUCGCUGUCGGAAGCGCAGUUUCUAUCCGAGUGGUUUUUGCUUCAGAGCCUCAACAACAUGUCGUUGCCACCGGCCAUGACGCUCGCGGACGUCGUGUCGUUGGGGGUGAUUCACAAAGUGCACAUGGAUUUGAUCACGAACGAGUUCAACUCGGAGAACUUUGGGUCGACUUUAUUGGUGCAUUUGGUCGCAAGUAUGCAGCAAACGAUCCAGCAGGCGUCCCCAGUGUCCGUAAAGUCAGGGAAUAAGUCAGGGAAUCACCACGACGACGACGACGACCAAGGACCUCAUCUGUUGCAAAGCCUGUCCAACAAGUUUUUGUUUUAUGCCGGUCACGACAUCAACUUGCUGUUUCUGAAAAACCUGUUGCGCUUGGAAUGGGAGACAGAAAACUGGUUGUCCAACCAGCCCAACCCCGGUAGCAUGCUGGUGUUUGAGCUGCACACCGAGCAGCCCCACAGCACCUCCGAAGUGGACUUUUACGUGCAAGCGUACUUUGUCGCGGCGUCGCCAUCGCAAAUCCGCCACGCCGAAACGCUCAGUCCCCACAAUCCACCGGACCGCGUCGAAGUGACAAUCCCGCAUUGCUCACAAGACGUGGUGCUGCCGAAUGGCACUGCGGCCGUUCGCUGCACCUUUACCGACUUUAAGCAGGCGGCGGGUCUGGCCAUCCGUCAACAAUGUGUGAGCCCCACCCUGGCCAAAUAUGCGGCGACCCUACUGACCCCUCCGCGCCCGUCGGCGUCAUGGACAUUUAAGAUUGUGGUUGUGACUGUCUUGUCGGUGGCUCUGCUGGGGGUUGUGUGGAAGUACAUUGCUCGGUUCAAUCAAGCCAAGUCCCCCGAGUACACCAAGUACACGGCAUUGACGUAAUGUACUCGUUAACUAGUAUGGCUAGUAUAAACACUGUUAAUAGUACGUAGUAACGUCUUGGUUGGUGGCCAUAGCUGGUGGAGUUUGUCCCACAUGGUUUUUCCCACUCUAGGCCUGACGUUGGAGGAUAGUUUCGUCGCUGCAUAAGUCGGUAAAGUGCUCGAGGAGGUGGCG